AUGGUGUUGGCAAAGUCGAAAAAGAAUGAGGGGCUCGGCAACACGCUGAUGAACGACCGCUUCGGCAAGGGCAGAGGCUCCGACCACAAGAAGACGUCGGCCGUCAUGCGCACGAACCACACGACGGGCGAACAGUAUCUGGUCAACGAAAAGAAGGAUGCCGCCUGGGUCAAGAUGCGCUCCGUCACGGAGCAGGGCGCGCUGGACGAGUUCCUGGCCACUGCCGAGCUGGCCGGCACCGACUUCACGGCCGAGAAGAUGAACAACGUCAAGAUCAUCCACACCGACCAGAGGAAUCCCUACCUGCUGUCCGCCACCGAAGAGCGAGCCGUCCUGGGCAAGCACCGACAACACAAGAACCGGCUGACGGUCCCGCGGAGGCCGCAGUGGGAUGCCUCGACGACGCCGCAGGAGCUCGACAGGCGGGAGCGAGAGGCUCUUGUAGCAUGGCGAAGGGGACUGGCGGAGCUGCAGGAGAACAACGACCUGCUGAUGACGCCGUUUGAACGAAACAUUGAAGUUUGGAGACAGCUGUGGAGAGUCAUUGAGCGAUCAGAUCUCAUUGUGCAGAUUGUGGAUGCGAGAAACCCCCUGCUGUUCCGAUCCGAGGACUUGGAAUCAUACGUCAAGGCGGUUGACCCCAAGAAGGAGAACUUGCUUCUGAUCAACAAGGCCGAUAUGAUGACGCCCAAGCAGCGCAAGGCAUGGGCGAAGCAUCUGAGAGAGGCAGGCAUUGCGUACAAGUUCUUUUCUGCACAGCUUGCAAAGGAGAUGAUUGAAGCGAGAGAGAAUGCGGAUGUUGAGUCAUCAGACGAGGAGCCAUCUUCCUCAUCGAAUCAAGCCCGAAAAGCUCACCAAGAGGAGGCUGAGGCUGAGAAUGAAGACGAGGCGGAACAGCGAGAGAGCUCAAAGGGCAAAGCGCCGGUAGAAGACGAGGAUACUCAGAUUCUCACAGUCGAAGAGCUGGAGGAGAUUUUCCUAAAAUAUGCCCCUACCGAUAGAGCGUCAGACCACAAGCUCCAAGUCGGCCUCGUCGGCUACCCCAACGUCGGCAAAUCCUCCACCAUCAACGCCCUCAUCGGAGCCAAGAAAGUCUCCGUCUCCUCCACCCCCGGAAAGACCAAGCACUUCCAGACCAUCCACCUCAGCGACCGCGUCAUCCUGUGCGAUUGUCCCGGUCUCGUGUUCCCCAACUUCGCCACCACCAAGGCCGAUCUCGUCACCCAGGGCGUGCUGCCCAUUGACCAGAUGCGCGAGCACUCGGGCCCCGUGGGCCUGGUCGCCAAGAGAAUCCCGCAGCCCUUCCUGGAAGCCAUCUACGGCAUCAAGAUCAACACGCGGCCGGUCGAGGAGGGAGGCACCGGCGUUCCGACCGCCGAGGAGCUGCUCCGUGCGUAUGCCACCGCCCGAGGCUUCCAGACGCAGGGCCUGGGUCAGCCCGACGAGGCGCGAGCGUCGAGGUACAUCCUCAAGGACUACGUCAACGGGAAGCUCCUCUUCGUCCACCCUCCCCCCGGCAUCGACGACGAAAAGGCCUUCAACGCCGAGCUCUACGACGAAGCCCAUCUCCCCGAGCGCCGCCGCGCCGCUCUCGUAGCCGCCACAGAGGCCCUCUCCCUCGGCGGCGGCGGCGCCGACGACGACGAGAGCCUCGCCUCCGAGUUCGUCUCCCUCCCGCAGGGCCCCAAGUCCCAGAAGCUGGACAAGAGCUUCUUCACGCCCAAGAACGUCCGCGGCCACGUCAGCAUGCCGUUCAACUACAAGUACAGCGAGCAGGGCAGCAGCAGCGGCAGCACGGCUGCCGGCUCCAAGAUGCUCAGCGGGCGCAAGGCCAGGGCGGCGAUUGCCCUGGAGAACGGGCUGGAUCCCAAGGACGUGCAGAUUGGGUCCGGGAAGAAGCAUUACAAGAAGGGGGCGCCGAAGGGCAUGGGCAGGAAGACGAGGAGAGGGCCGGCGGCGAAUGUUAUGGAUGACUAG